AUGGCCAUAACAAGACUCGACUCCCACCGCUGUGCUGUCUUCCUGCUCACAUUUUUCAGCUACGCGUUUUUCCAUGCCAACAGAAAAGCAUUUAGUAAUGUCAAGGCUUCUACUGCAAAAGUAUGGACUCCAAGCAUCCACAAUGAAAGUCUUCCAGCAAUCCGGCCCAACAAAAUCUGGAACUCCCAUAAUUUGUUUGACAGUGCAGAAAGUGCUGAACAUUUUGAAGGCGUCCUUGACACAUCUUUUAUGCUAGCCUAUGCUCUGGGCCUGUAUCUUAAUGGCUAUGUUGGAGACCGUAAAGUAUAUGAGAAAGUUCUCUUUGACCUCGGAAUGGCUGGUUGUUCGGUAGAAGUGUUUAUUUUUGGCUGUGUUUGUGAGUGGGCCGAGUACUACAAUGAAUACUUUUAUGUCUUCAUCUGGGUCAUCAAUGGCCUGCUUCAGUCGACCGGCUGGCCAGUGGUUGUUGCCUGUAUGGGCAACUGGUUCGGACAGAGCAGUCGAGGCAUGUUAUUGGGCAUAUGGAGCUCUUGUGCCUCCGUGGGAAACAUUAUCGGCACAUUCAUGGCAGCAUCAGUUUUGUCUUAUGGAUACCAGUAUGCCUUUCUAAUGACAUCAUGUGUUCUGCUUUCUGGAGCUUUUAUGAUCUUCUUUGGACUUGUGACAUCACCAGAUGAUGUUG